AUGACAUCCUUCGUUUAAUCAACAUUUGCAAUAUCUGCAAAGCCGAAUUUUGAAUUUUUGUAGAAUUAGAUAGAGUCUGAUUCAGAUAAUGAAGAAUAGAAAUAGAGAUUAUAAUAAAUACAUGAAAAUUAAAAAGAACACAAAAAAUUUAAGAAAUUAGUUGAUAUAGAUUUGGUGAAGGAAGAAUUGAAAAAUAGACCCAAUGUUGAAAUGAAAUUAAGUUCAAUUUAAAAGAAAAAAAUUUCUAAAAUUAAAAGUGUCCGUUCUCUUAAUGAUCUAAUUAUUCCCACAUCUCCAAUUUUGAUUGACCAAUUAGGAAACUUGAAGAAAAUAAAGGAGAUACGUUCGGAAGUGCCUCCAGAAUUGAUGGGAAGAAUUUACUCAGAACUCAGAUAUGAAUUUGUGCCAGCCUUAAAUCCAGUGUAUCGAUAGGGAGAUCAGAACAAAAAGUUUUAUAUUAUACUAGAAGGGAAGGUAGUAGUGAUGAAACCGAAAUUAAAGAUGGUGGGGUCCAGUAAAAUAGAAUUUGAUGAUAAUUUGUAAUAAAAAUCUCAGGGAAAAAACGAUGAUGAUCCAUUUGGCCUAAAGAUUCUCUUUCCAGAUUACAUAAUUUUAAAAAUCCUAUUUUAAGGAGAUUCUUUUGGAGAAGCAGCCAUAAAAUUGGACACAGCAAGAUCAUCGACAGUGUUUACAUUAGAAGAUACUCACUUACUCUACUUAAAUGAGACUGCUUAUCUAGAAUAUUUAAGUCCCUAUUUAAGUAUUGCUUUAGAUAAGAAAAUUUAAUAUUUUGGAUAGACUCCACUCUUUCAAAAUAUCGACCCAGAGGAUUAUAUGGGUAUAGUAUUGGAGAGCAAAUUGGUCACCAUGAAGGCAGGAGAGGUAGUCUAUGAAGAGGGGGAGAAAACUAAAUAUAUAUACUUUAUAAUCAGUGGGGAAAUUGAGUUGUUGAAAUAAGUAAAAAAGAAGUCCAUAAUUUUGUCUUCAUAUGGGGAAUUCCAAAAUUUUGGAGAGGUGGAGAUCAUGAUGAAAAUUAAUAGGUACACAAAAGCCAAAGUGAUUUCACCAAGAGUCAACUGUUAUAGGAUCAGAAAACGAAUAUUUUUUGAUAAUUUAGGUAGUUAUGGAACUUAUGAAAAUAUGAAAAAACACUCAGGUGUUAUUUAUAAGCAUUGGUAAUUAAUUUGUAAUGCUGUUUAAAAAUCAAUUAAUCCAAGAGAUGAAGUUUAUGAAGCUGCUUAAGAUGAUAAUGCAAAUAAACCUAAUUUACUUGCAAAAUCCAUUUUAAAUAAGAAGCUGAUAGAGUCUCAAGGUUAGAAAUUAAGUCAAAUCAAAGUAUUUUAAAAUCUGACUGAUUCGAAUCUAAAGGAUUUAAAAAACUCUAAUAAUGAUAGUCAUAAUCUUCUGUAAAGAGUGUAUAGUAACACACUCCAACAAUACUAAGCUAAAUUAUUAAAGAAACCUUAAAUGGUUAUUUGUGAAUAGGACUCAUAAUGCAUAAGAAACCAAAAUCAAAAUAAAUAACCAACAAACACAAGUAUUAACUAUGACAACAAUUCGACUACAAGUCCUUUAAAUGAAAAUAGCGUUGAUCUUAAAUUAAGCUCGAAUAGAUCAUCUGUCAUAAUCAAAAGGGAGAGUUAGCAAAAGAUUACUCUUCCAUCUCUGCAUCCUUCCUUACAUCUAGUAGGACCUUAACCUUAAUCUCUGAACACAGUGUUAGAAUCUAUUAGUAAAUUGCCUCGAGUUCCAAAGGAUAAUUUAGUGUUAUCAUUGAUGUAUUAAUAAGCCUACAAAGCUGAGAAUCCUGCUAAGAAGGCUAAAGAAAUUCAGCAAGUAAUUUAAGCGUCGUAUAGAAAUGUAUAAAAUCGAUUUUAACCUAAAUAACAUCAUUUAACAGAAAUUCAACCAUUAUCAAAUGAGCAUAGAAUGAAAAAGAAUUUAUAAAUAUCAGGAUUGUUGAGUAUGAGGUCAUAAAAGAAAUAGUAUUUAAAUUUUGUACAUCCAAAAAGAAUAGUCGGAGGAAAUCAAAUCAAUUGA